AUGCUAACGACUACCCAACUUUCGCUGAGGCCCUCGCAUUCUUUAGAAACCGUGAAGCACUUUUACAGAUGCCGAUUCAACCUGUUAACGUUUUCAUCUUCCUAUUCGGCUGCAGAGGAGGAGGGGGUGUGGAAUGAGGCCGAAUGGUAUGCCUACUAUGCUGCAGAGUCAUCCGAGGCUGCAGAGGGCUGUUUCGUGGCAGCAGAAACGACUGACGAUGCUGCAGAGUUCUCCUCUGAGGCCUCAGUGGAUAAUUCCGGCCCUACUGAGGGCCUCGCUGAUGCUGAAGGGGAUUCUAUUGACGCUGCAAGUGACUCUUCUGAUAAGUCUUCACAGUCUGAGAGCAGCCUUAGCAGCAGCUUCAGGACCAGUGCUGUUGAGGGGAGUGUUGUGUACCACAGGCUCUACACUACUGGAGAAUACAUCGAGUACAACAGCCAGUUCAGUUUUGGCUCGACUUGGGCAAACGUUACAAGAGACGUGCUCAGUGGCGUUUACAGCUUGAAGAAGGGCGGAAAUGGUUGCUCAGGAACGGCAGCAACGGUGUCUACAGGAGUGGUUGUUGACGUGGGUGUUCCGGUGCAUGUUGGCAUGGGUGCUGCAGAGGAUGCUGACGUGGCUGUUGCGGUUGAUGCUGACGUGGGUGUUGCUGUGGAUGCUGAUGAGGGUGCUGCGCUGGAUGCUGACGUGGGUGUUGCUGUUGAUGCUGACGUGGGUGCUGCAAUGAAUGCUGAUGUGGGUGGUGCGGUUGAUGCUGGCAUGGAUGUUGCGGUUGAUGCUGACGUGUGUGAUGUGAUGAAUGCUGAUAUGGGUGGUGCGGUUGAAGCUGACGUGGGUGUGGCGGUUGGUGCUGAUGUGGGUGCUGCAGUGGACCCUGGCAUGGGUGCGGCAAUGGGUCCUACUGCAGGCACGGCUCUGUCACUUGCCGCUGCAGUGCUGUUGUUUGCAGGCUCAGCAAUGUUGCUUGCAGGCCCAGCUCUGUUGCUUGCUGGCACAGCUCUUUUGCUUGCUGGCGCAGCAAUGUUGCUAGAAGAGGGGAAUUCAGCCUAUAGUGCAGUCGGUUCCAAGUCCUAUAGUGCAGGAGCUCUUGCAGUGACGACCAUUGCUGCGGAGGGGAGAAACGUUCUGGUUGUGCCUGUGUGUUCUGAAAAGGAUAUGAGGCGCAGUGUACAAUCUGAGGGGAAGAACGGCAAUGUGAAGGCAAGGGUGGGUGCAAUGAGGCCUCCCUGGCGGCUGUGA